CUGGGGGGGUACGAUAAGCUAAGCUAAAAAGUUCCUCUCCCUAGCUCUCUCUAACCAUGGCACUUAUGGCCAUAGCAAUUGUAGCCAUCAGCUUUCUCACCUAUGAAGUAGGCAUUGUUCUUGGGGACAUUGGCACUGCUACUUCGUAUAAUCCUCCCUAUCUACCUACCAAGUGUCAUGGUAAUCGACAGGAUCAAUUCCCACCAGAAAACUUGUUUGUUUCUGUGAGUGAAGAUUUGUGGGAUAAUGGCGCUGCCUGUGGAAGGCGUUACAGGUUGAGGUGCCUAAGUGCAACUAACAGACCAUGCAAGGAUGGGACUACUGAGGUUACGGUGGUGGAUUUCUGCAGAAAAUCACCAUGCCCUUCUACUAUUCUCUUGCCAGGUGAUGCCUUUUCUGCUGUAUCACACUCUCCAUCCGCAAAAAUCAAUGUUGAAUACAUCCAGAUAUGAUGGUACGAUCGAGAUAUGUUGCUGAACUGUAUCAAGCAAUCCGAUUGGAUAGAAGUGAGGGGAAAAUGGUGUUUCUGAUGUUAGAAGUUUUUUGACAUUAGUUUGUACUUGAGUUCUCAUUAUUCCAUGUUGUAGUAUGAAGUGAGGAGAAAUUUUGCUCAAUCUCUUCAAUUAUUUUAUGUGUUGUUCGCUUGCGUGUUUUCUUUUUGCUUUAUCAUAACAAAAAAACUAAAAGAUUUGAUGAUUCAACUGUUCAUUCACAGUUAUGCAUUGUGGACUCGUACAAUGAACUCAGUUUUUCUUUGAUUGUGUUCAUAUA